AAUGCCCGAACUGGCAUGUGCUUGGACUCGAUGGGUCAUAAUUACGACAACGUAGAACCUCUGGGACUGCACCCGUGUCGCAAGGAGGACAUCGGGGGCAAGCAGCUGGUGUCCUACACUUGGAGGGGCGAACUCCGCAUGGAGGAUAGUUGCGCCCAGCUGGGGGCCGUGGAAAAUUCAGAGUCCGGGAUUCGUCGCAAGGUGAUGAUGGCGCCGUGCGGAGAAAACACUCCGAAACCGGACCAAGUGUGGUACCACAGUGCGGGGGGCAUCAUCGUCAACCGUGAGACCGGCCUGUGCCUCGAAUCUACCACUUCAAAGCAGAAGGCCGCGUAUGUGCGGUCCUGCACCAAGGGCGACAACCAAGUCUGGAGGUUCCAGCACUACGCCAAUGCCAACGUGAAAGCGCAGCGCAGCACCUGAGUUUUCCUUCGCGUGCCGGCCUCGACGAUGACGUGGUGAUGACCGUGGUGGCCUUCUGCGCUAAAGUACAAGUUUGUGUCUUUCGGUAUGGGGAGAUAACAACCUGGAUGAAUGUUUCUCGUUUCGUAUAUGUGAAGUGUCGUCAGAAAACGUUUCCCGUUUAUUGUGGACAUUCCUCGGAGAUAGGAGACGUGAAAGACCAUCUUGCCUCCCGUGAUGCCGUCUGAUACAUAUAAAAGGAAUUAGUUUUUGUUUCUUAAUGCAAACUGCGUUCAUCUUACGAAACUUGGAGGACACCAAGAAGACAUUUCUUUGGGCGGCUUUCAAAAUUGCGGAAAAUCAAGAGGUGGUGAAGGGUCUGUCUGCUGACGAUGGAGUGGACUGGCCCCGAUUACUAACGUUUUGCCAAUGGUUGUGCAUAUGACGUACCGGGUGCAUGCUUGGUGCCUGUGGGUUGAUGCGUAACUUGGAAAAGGGUUGGCUGAGGUUUUCACACGCAAGUGAGAUGUGCCAGUUAAUAUUUGAUAAUGCAAGUAUAUAUAUAUGUUUUUUUUUGUUGGUUAGGAUACAAUUUGUUAGUGUAAUAAGAGGUGCCGUGUCUGCUCUGUGACCGCACCCAGUGUGUGGUUUUCAGGCGUUCUAGUCUUUGUCUUGUCGCUCAGAUUUACUGUCCUGGUGUUUCGGAUUGCGUCCACUGUUGCUUUGGCUGAAAAGGCCGUGUUCGAUACACAGCAGAUAUGUACUACGUUAUACAGGGUAAAACUUUCUUUUGGCGUAUCUUGCAAUCAGUCUUCCCA